AUGGGCAAAACUAAAACACUUGCUCCCUACUCUACUCUAGAUUCAAUCUCCAACGAAACACACAACAAUUGUCCCCAAAAAAUUGUUGUUCGGAUCAUCCAUAUUUGGGAAGUCCGAGACUUUCGAAGAAAUAAUAUCUUACUAAGUCUUGAAUGUCUCCUUCUUGAUGAGAAUGGUUCUGCUAUACAAGCUUCAGUCCUUCCUAAUUGCCUGCCUAAGUUUAAAGAUCAAUUGGUGAAAGGCCAAUUGUACAUCAUCAACGAAUUCGAUGUUCUUCCAUCCUCCAUCCGUUAUCGUCGCACCAACCACAAGUGCAGAAUUGUUUUCUCGGACAAAACAUCUUUGGACAAGGGUGAGGAGCUUCCAGAUGUUGUUGGCCAAGUAUUCUCCUCGCGAACAUCUGAAAAGAAAGACCAGAACAAUCCUUCCAAGACAACUUUCAAUCUAAUACUCACUUGCAUUUUAGAAAGUGGUGACAACGUAUAUAUAUCUCUUUGGGGUGAACUUGCGGUCGAUGCCCAUGCCAAACUAUUGACCAUAAAAGAUGAAACAGUUGUGGUCAUUGCAACCCAUGUUAACCCCCGGAAAGUUGGGCGUUACGUGUAUUUGAAUGGUACAUCCUCCAGCCAGAUUUUGCUUAACUAUGACAAUACAGUCUGCCAAAACUUUUGUCAAAGCAACCAAUUCAAAGAAAGUAUUGUGCCACCAAUUAUAGACGGAAGCAGUCAUUUUGACCCUAAUGCUUUGUACAUGAUUGAAGAUGUAGAGAGUUAUGUCAAAGAACAAGGGGGCAAGGAAAAGAGCUUCUGGUGUAAAGUCAAAGUGGUUGAUAUUGUAUUACGCAAUGGAUGGAAUUACAUUUCAUGCUCAGGCUGCAACCUAAAAAUGGACACUACUGGUUCCACCAUAUCAUGUUUGACAUGCCCUCCAACCCAAGCUGUUGGAAAACUACAGUACCGAAUUCAAAUUAUUGUCGACGAUGGCCAAAACACAACAAAUUUUGUAAUUCUCAAUCAAGAGGCGACCAAACUAUUAAAGAGAACAGCUUCUGACCUGGCUAACGACAAGCUGAACUGCGACGGGCCUGCGAAAGAUGUGCCUGACGCCAUUAAAGCAUUAUUAGGGAAGGUUUUUUAUUUCAAUGUCAAAGUGUCUGACUACAAUUUUAAAGCCACCUACCAGACAUUCACCGUCACAUCCAUCAAAGAAGAACAAGGAGACUCACCCUUAGAUCCACCUACAACUGGGGAACUCGCGAACCUAGAAUGCCAAGGCGAGCCCUCUUCUACAUCGGGAAGAAAAGCAACCAAGAAACGUCAAUCAAACAGGUCUAUCAAAGCCAAUGAUGAGUUCGCUAUCACAACUGGGGGGAAACAAAAGACCAAAAGGAAAAACAACCAAGAAACUGUUCCCGUUGGUAUUAUCAAGCUGCGCUCUAACUUAAACAAAGAACUAAUGGUCCCAUCUGGAUCUGAAGAUGAAAGUAUCAAAGAAGAAUCAGUAAGGAAAAAUUCACCAUAUGUCUCCAAGACUCAUGCGAUUGCAGAUGGGAAUAACCUCCGAUCCACAACUGAAGCUGAGCCCUCUACUAAAAGACGUCGUUCAAGCCGGAAAUCUGUCUCGGAUCCUAUUGAAUUAGAGGUUGAUUCUGCGCCAAACGAAGUGGAAGAAGAAGAAAGCCACUUGCCUUUAGAUGAAACACAUGAGAAUCCUGCUGGUUGCAACCCAGAAAUAACAACUGAGGUUCAGCUCACCACUACUUCUGUAAGGCCAGUGAGGGAUCGCCGCCCUAACAGGAAAUAUGCAGAUGGUUUAACCAAAGACCAAACAUUGGGCAGGACAUGUAACCAAGAAACUGGCUCCAAAGUACAAGGCACAACAAAGGUUAAGAGGGGUAAAUCACUAAUUGUACUAUCGGAUGUUGAAGAUGUCACCACCUUAAACAAUGAAGAAGGAAAAGAGGAAGCGAUAGAAGACAAUGCCUUGCCAUCACAGACUGAGACUGCAGGCGAGGUACCCGAAAGUCCACGAAAACCACUGAGAAAACACCAACCUACCAGGAGACAAGAAGCUGAAGCUGAAGAUGGUUUGCUCUCGGAAAUCCCAAAAAAAGACAAAACCCCCAGGAAAGCUCCCGACACAUUAUCUCAAAAAGUUUCAAGGACCCGACAUGUUAGCGGACGCAAAAAACAAAUCAUCUUAUCUGAUUCAGACUCUGGUUAUGACUGCAUGGUGAGGGGUAGACAUCUGUUUGUUGGAACCGCUGAAGGCUUUUAAAAAUAAGAAAUGAGCUGAAGACUAAGACUAUCCUCGUUGGUUUUGUUUCUUAAGUUAUUUUUUAAUAAUAUAAAGGAAGGUAUCAGGACAAUUCUAAGAAACUCCUUACAAAUACCAAUGAGGACAGUCUAAGAUGGAGAGGAGAUGACAUCUGUACCCAUCAUUGCUGCAACCACUGAAGACCUUUUAUUUUUUAAAAAUCCAAGUUUCCCCGUACUUUCAUUUUCCAUUACCUAUGUUAAAUUAAAACCAUUUAGUACCUCUAAACAGAGUUCAAACCAACCUAUUUACUAUAUUAUUUUACAUUUGGGAGAAUCAUUUUUAUUUAAGUA